AUUCUCGGACAAGCCGUUUCAGACAACGCGUCUGUUUCCCUCUCUCAUCGCUCGUUGAGGUUCUAGCUUUCUCUCUCCAUUCCGCCGGGCAUUGGAAAAUCUCAGCCGUCCAUUUACGUGGCCGAGCUAUUGAUAAUGCCUACUCGUUGUUUAAGAGCUUGUAUGGAUUCGUGAGAGAGAGAGAGAGAGAGAGAGAGAGAGAGAGAGAUCGUCAAAGAAUUUCAAUAAUUCGAAGGUGAGAGAGAGAGAGGAUGGCGGAAGCGUCUGGACUUCAGUUGGGCGUGGUGGGUGCGCUGGCACUUUCGGUUGCUUCCUCAGUGGCCAUUGUCAUAUGCAACAAAGCUCUCAUCAGCACCCUUGAAUUCCCUUUUGCAACGACGCUCACUAGCUGGCAUCUGAUGGUCACGUUCUGCACCCUACACGUGGCACAACGCUUUAAUGUUUUCGAGCCCAAAUCGACGGAUGUGAAAACCGUAAUGCUCUUCGGCGUCCUCAACGGUGUAUCCAUCGGAUUUCUCAACCUGAGUCUAGGGUUCAACUCCAUUGGCUUCUAUCAGAUGACCAAACUCACAAUCAUACCCUUCACGGUACUGUUGGAGACGGUUUUCCUGAAGAAGCAGUUCAGUGAAAAAAUAAAGCUCUCUCUUCUAGUCUUACUCAUUGGAGUUGGGAUUGCAUCUAUAACUGAUCUAAAUCUCAAUCUACUCGGCUCCAUUCUCUCUCUUUUCGCCAUUGCAACCACCUGCAUCAGCCAGAUUAUGACCAACACAAUACAAAAGAGGCUGAACGUAUCAUCUACACAGCUACUCUAUCAGUCGGCUCCGUUCCAAGCGGCUAUACUUUUUGUGUGUGGCCCAGUCGUUGAUCAGUGCCUCACCAAGCAAAACGUCUUUGCCUACAAAUAUUCUCCUUUGGUCCUGACGUUCAUCAUCCUAUCGUGCUUGAUCUCCGUCUCCGUGAACUUCAGCACCUUCCUAGUGAUUGGCAAAACAUCCCCUGUCACAUAUCAGGUACUGGGCCAUCUGAAGACAUGCUUAAUCCUGGCCUUUGGCUACACAUUGCUACAUGACCCCUUCACCGAAAGAAACAUCAUUGGCAUUUGCGUUGCCAUUUUCGGGAUGGGCAUGUACUCCUACUUUUGCACCCACGAGAACAAGAAAAAGCUAGCUGAACCCCUUCCCCCUACAUCUCAGAUGAAGGAUACUACACCCUUAUUGGCAUCCAUAAACAUGGCCCACCAUGAUGAAGUAAAGAAAGCAAAUGGGAUUUCAACCAAGGAUUCUCUUGUGUAAGUGAGGCUGGCUACAUCCGCUUCCAAGUAUUUAAAAGGUCCACUUUUUUUUUUUCACAUAGCUUGAUGUUUUUUUCACAUAGCUUGAUGAGUGUAAAUGGGAUUUCAUUUUUUUAGGGGCACGUAUGUUUUCAAAAUUACAACGGCAAUGAAAUGUAAAAUCGUAAGGAUUCUCUUGUGUAAGCGAGUGACAGCUAUGUUGUUGAUUAAGUUGUAAGCAUUUUUCAUUUUAUGGAAUAAUACCAUUUCCAACGUUCAGAUGGACUGAUGUAAACGUUAUAUAUAUCACAGCGGAAAUUUUGAUA